CGGAUGAUUGCAUGAAAGCGAAAGCUUUUGUGAAAGUGAAGCUCACCAAGGCAAGUUCAAGUUUCCUUGCGCAGUGGGAUAAGUGCUGCUGAUCUAGAAAGACCUGUGAAACUGUAGAUGCAGGAAGAGGCAGAUUCAUAUGCAGAGUCAUAACCCGAAUUCCAUGCAGAGAAUCUAAACAGGUUAUCGAGAACUUUGGCUGCUGUAAGUAGCAACAGACGUGACAAGAUUUGCUUACUUUCUGCUUCAUCAUCAUCUCACAACAGACAGCACGAUGUCACCCACCACCACGGAACUGAAGCAUAGGCGCACUCCGAGUGAGGUGACAGAGUUCUCACCCGAUGACAUCGACCUGAGCUUUCCUGAUCGCAAACUAGUUGGCAUCGAUGGAAAGUGGUACGACGUGACCAACUUCGUGGACAAGCACCCGGGCGGGCCCGUCAUCGAGAAGUUCAUCGGCAAGGACGCGACGGCUGUGUUCCACGCGUAUGGCCACCGCGACUUUGUGCUGAAGCACCGCAAGCCCGUCGGCAAGUACGUGCGCCGCUACAACCCGAUCGAUGUCGCAUUCGAGAAGCUUGAACGCGACCUGCGCGCGAAGGGCUUCUUCGAGACGGACUGGACGUGGUACGUCGGGAAGGUGGCCGUCGUCGUCGCGCUGUUCGUCAUUGCGGUGACCCUCGUCACGUGCUUCGACGCCUGGUACUGUCACUACCUCGGCGCGGUCGCCCUCGCGUUCUUCUGGCAGCAGAACGGCUUCAUCAUGCACGAGUUCAUGCACUCGCAGUUGUUCAAGGACUUCUCGAAGGACAAGUACGGCGGGCUGUUCUUCGGCACUGUCUGCUUCGGCAUCAGCGCGCACUGGUGGCGCGACGAGCACAUCCUGCACCACGCGCUCACGAACAUCGUCGACGUUCCGAACCGCUUCAUCGACCCGCAGAUGUGGGAAGGCACGUGGGCGCAGAACGAGAAGAUGUUCGCGUUGUUCCAGACACGGCUGCAGUACUACGCGAUAAAGAUCCAGCACUUCACGUUCGUGCCGUGCGUCAUCUUCGUCGGCCGACUCGAGAUCGUCUUCGACUCGUUCAUCCUGCAGCUGGAGCGCCGCUGGCAGGAGUGGGUCGGCUGGGCGCUGCACUGGGUGUGGCUCUGCACGCUGCUGUCCCACCUGCCAACGUGGCGCGAGGUGGCCAUCUUCUACGCGAUCGCAUCCUCCGUGCAGGGUAUCUUCCACUUCCAGCUGAUCCUCAGCCACUACUGCAAGAUGUUCGCGCACCUGCACGAGUUCCACGAAAUGAGCUGGUACCGCUACCAGGUCCAGUCGAAUAUGAACAUCGACUGCCCGCUCUGGCAGGACUGGUACUACGGCGGCCUGCAGUUCCACAUUGAGCACCACCUGUUCCCGACGAUGGCGCGAAACAAGCUGCGUGCCGCCGCCGCGUACGUGCAGCCGCUCUGUGAGGAGCAUGGCAUUCCGUACGACAGCUGCUGCUUCACGACCGCGCUCACGAAGACACUGAGUCAUCUGAAGGUCGCGGGAUCGCACUUCAAGUUGGACCCCCGCUGAGGCGUGGCAGCCGCGAGGCGUGGUGGCACCAGCGGGCAGCGGACUACCUGGGAUACCUGGUGCAAAUGAUACCCUGCUACCUGGGAUACCUGGUACAGAUGAUACCCUGUUACCUGGGAUACCUAGUACAGAUGAUACCCUGUU